AUGUCCAACGAACUGAUAUUUAUCACUGGAGCUACUGGCUUCAUUGGGAGCGCCACGGCAGUGGAGGCUCUCAAAGCUGGUUAUCGAUUGCGGGUUUGUCUUCGCAAGCCAUCUAAGCAGUUGGAAACUCUGUUGUCGGAGUACAGUGACCGAGUUGAAUUUGUUAUCAUCUCAGAUCUCACUGAUGAGACGGCAUUUGAUGGCAAGUUAAACGGCGUGGACUAUGUACUUCAUCUUGCAUCCCCACUUCCCCAUGGGAUCAACAAGGAAGCAUACUUCGGCCCGGCUGUGAAAGGAACCACUGCCUUGCUGAAAGCAGCAGCAAAGGUGCCAACUAUCAAGAAAGUCGUGGUUACCUCGUCCAUUGCAGCCUUCAUUCCAUUGUCUGGCAUUCCUGCCGGUGGUGUGGUCAAAGAGGACAAUGACUGGGACUUUUCCGUUGAUGAGAAUGGAAAUUUUGAGGUCCCUCAAAACCCGGCUGCAACAGCAAUGCGACUGUAUAUGGCAUCCAAACUUCUUGCAAACAAGGCGACUUGGGAGUUCCGAGAAACAGCCAAGCCACACUAUGCAUUGGUGACAUUGCAUCCUGCAUUUGUAUACGGGCACAAUCUUGUUCAGAGUUCAGCCGACGGAAUCCAGUCGGGAUCUAACAGUGGUCUGUGGAAUCUUAUCAUGAAGGGCGAUCCCUCUGGAAGCACCGUGGGAGUGCAUAUACAAGAUGUUGCCGAAGCCCACGUCAAAGCACUGGAUUCCAAGAUCCCCGAUGGCUCGAAGUAUCUGCUGGCCGGGCCGAAGACGACGGGCCCAGACGUUGCGAAAAUUGUGCGAAAACUCUAUCCGGAUUCUGGGGCUCUGAUCUCUGAAGAUACCCAGGGUGUCUCGUUCCCAGUUGAUACAACUAAGGCGGAAACAGAGCUUGGAAUUCAAUGGCGCUCAUUCGAGGCGAUGGUGCGGGAUCUGAUGGACCAGCAACUCGGGUUUAGGUAG